AUGAAAGAAGAUUUAUUAAGCGCAGUGGUUCCUCUGCUAAAGCUUCUGUCAAUAGCUGUUAUGGGGUUAAUACUUGCUCAUCGCAAAACCCAAAUCAUCCCCAAAGCCACAUUCAAGCUACUUAGCAAGCUGGUAUUCGCUCUCUUUUUACCCUGCCUUAUAUUCAUCGACUUAGGUCGAUCCAUUACCCUUCAUAAUCUUGUUCUUUGGUGGUUCAUCCCUGUCAAUGUGUUAAUCAGCACGGUUUUAGGGUUUAUGUUGGGCGUUAUAGUUGUGUUACUGUGUAAGCCUCCUCCACAGUUUGUGAAAUUAACAAUUAUCAUGACUGCUUGUGGAAACACAGCUCAAUGGGUAUCCGUGCUUCUUGUCUACACGCUUGUUUAUUACAUGAUGGAACCUCCCAUGGAGUACUACGAGAUCAUUGAAGAAGACAACAUUGAAAAUGGCAAUGGAGAUACCAGGCCUCUUGUUGUUGCAGCAGAAUGGCCAGGCAUUGAUGAAACUGAAAUUUCAAGAACCCCCUUUAUAGACAAAACCUCACAAUCCUCUGAGGAAACCAGUAGAGAAGCCAUAGGGUGUUUUGCAGAGCCUAAAACAGUCAGAAAGAUGAUGGUUGUUGCAGAAAAGACUCCAAUUCAGAACAUUUUUCAGCCUCCAAUACUAGCUUCUCUUCUAGCUAUAAUCAUAGGGUCAAUCCCUCAAGUCAAAUCUUUUGUUUUUGGACAUGAUGCUCCCCUUGGUUUCAUAACAGAUAGCUUAGAGAUAUUAGGUGGUGCUAUGGUGCCUUCUGUUAUGCUUGUUUUGGGUGGUGUUCUUGCUGAAGGACCAAAUGACUCGAAACUUGGAUUAAAAACCACCAUUGGUGUCACUGUUGCUAGAUUAUUAGUGCUUCCAGUUUUAGGAAUUGGAGUUGUAGCUUUAGCUGAUAAGAUGCAUCUUCUUGUAGCUGAUGAUUCUAUGUACAGAUACGUGCUUUUGUUGCAGUAUGCAACCCCAAGUGCUAUUCUUUUGGGAGCUGUUGCUAGAAUGAGAGGCUAUGCUGUUAGUGAGUCAUCAACACUUCUGUUUUGGCAACAUAUAUUUGCUCUCUUUUCGCUUUCUUUUUACAUAUUCAUCUACUCUCAACUUGUGUCACUUGUUUGA